CGAUAUCAAGCAAUCAAUAGUCAGGGUAGUGCUACGUCGCCAGCAGACAUCAACAAACCGCUAUAAAAUGUUGCCGAUAUUAUUAUUUCUCCUCGCUUUACGUGGAUUAAAUUGUGAACCUGAAACGGUCAGGGAAAAUUUCGACUACUUCAGUUACGGCCCUGAGGAUGAUCUUUUGAAGAGUUUAAAUUUACACUUGCCUAAGGAGGAGAUAGUGCUAAGACCCCAAGAAGUGAAGGACUGGUCGCAACAGUCUCUGAACGUGGGUCAGAUUACGGCUGUUUCUAUUAACUCUUUGGGACAGCCGGUUAUUUUCCAUAGAGCUGAGAGAAUAUGGGACGAAAGUACAUUCAACGAGUCAAAUGUAUAUCAGAACCUGGACAAAGGGCCGAUAGUAGAGGACACUAUCCUAGUUCUGGACCCACAUACCGGCUCCGUACUUCACAGCUGGGGCGCCAAUGCGUUUUACAUGCCGCACGGGCUUACCGUUGACCAUCACGACAACGUUUGGGUAACGGAUGUGGCUAAACAUCAAGUAUUUAAGUACACCCCACUGAACCACAAAUACCCCACCCUGACAAUCGGUGAAGCCUUCACAGCGGGCUACCCCUACCGCCGCCGAGUCCUCCUCUGCAUGCCUACAUCAGUCGCCGUCGCAACCACGGGCGAAAUCUUCGUCGCUGACGGCUAUUGCAACAACCAGAUCCUCAAAUUCAACGCAGCAGGAAAACUCCUACUAGAAAUCCCCAUGUACUCGGACACGCUUACCUUAAAUCUUCCACACAGUAUUACUCUAUUGGAACAUCUUGAUUUGGUCUGUGUCGCUGAUAGAGAAAACAUGAGGAUCGUCUGCCCGAAAGCUGGAUUGAAGAGCUACAUCAAAAUGUUGGAUCCUGCUACGAUUAUUGAAGAUCCGACUUUGGGCAGAGUUUUCGCUGUCGCGUCGCAUGGAGAUACGAUUUACGCUGUGAAUGGGCCGACGUCACAGAAUAUUGCUGUGAGAGGAUUUACCGUGAAUGCUAUGACAGGGAAUAUUUUGGAUACUUGGGAACCUACUGCGGGAUUCACCAACCCCCACUCUCUUGCCGUGACCAGAAACGGAUCCCAUCUCUACGUCACGGAAAUCGGACCCAACAAAAUAUGGAAAUUCGAGUUGACCGACGUAUACGACAAGUAGGAAAAUUACGUUGAAAUUAACAUAGUGCUAUGCAACAUACUUCGCCUAUUUGCUUAAAUAUUCGUGUUGCAGCAGCCAUUUUUGCGCACAUAGCGCGAAGUGUGUUGCCGGUAGGGUGGUGCUUAUUUCGUCGAAGUUAAAAUAAAAAGAUACGAACAUAAAACGAUUAAAAAAAACAUCUUGUAUGAAGGAUCCUAAUUUUCAAAAUUCGGAAGCGACCCCUAUACUAAAACGUAAUUAAAAAUUCUGAAAAAAACCCGCAUUUGUGUUAAAAUAAGCGGGGCAUAAAUUAAGCGGGUGAGACAUGGAACAUUUCAACUUCGACGAAAUAAGCAACAACCUACUAGUCCGUAGUUGCCGGCAUUACAUUAUUUAACGAAAUUCAAAUACCCAGAAUAUAAUAAAAAGCGCGAAUAAGAUUCGCUUAUUAACUUAACUUAAGUGAGAUGGUAUAAUAUAUAAUUGAGUGCGUUAAAAGUUUAAGACAGAUGGAGAUCUAGGUAAUAUUUUUAAUUUGUUAAACUAUUCCUUAAUGGAACUAAAAGCUAUGAAACUCCAAAAAGUACCUACGGCUAUUUAGUUCCUAAAACUCCCAUUUAUCAGUAUUAUACAGUGAUUCAGGGACGUGAGCAGGAUUAAGCCUACACAUUUAGUAACUUAUAAGCAACUGUUUCGUAUCAAUAUUAGUGAGAUUAACGUAAAUGUUUUAAUCGUAUUGAAAAAAAAAGUUAAUAAUUGAUUUACAACAUGCAUGGUCGCCCUACAAUUAGAAAGUACUAAACUACCGAUAUUCUGUGUCAAAUUGAGUGUUAUCACUGUCAUCAGAGUCUAGUUACUUUUGAAAACUCGUAUCUCACUCAAGUUUGACAGAUUUUCUUCAUAAUAAAAAUGCUGUCAUUGCGGUUAAAGAGGUUUAAUGUUUAUUAAUUAGGUGUUGUAAGGUAACCAUGCUUGUAGAGAAUUACAUUUGUCCUUACCUAAAAGUUGAAAAAAUAAGAAAAAAUGUGGUAUGUUUCAACUAAAUACGACGGUGAUCGAUCAGUGAACAGUUACCGAGUGUGCAGGAUUAGUCCUGCUCACGUCUCAUGAAUCACCCAAUAUAACUGUUACUAAAUAGAAUAUAACGCUUGAAUCUUUAACUUCUUGUAGUGUUAUUGUGUUGGAAUUAUCCUACCAUAGCCACCAUAGCCAUAUAUUGUAUAGUCACCGUUAUUUGUAGAAGAUAUAUCGCGUUUGAACUAGGUUCGACUUCGACGAUAUGCGCACAGAGUUCAAUAUAUUUAGACAUGACUAAGGGCCACUUGCACCAUUCACUAACCCGGGGUUAACCGGUUAAACCUGGAGUUACCAUGGUUACUAGUACAAUUUGACACUGGGUUAACGGUUUAACCAGUUAACCCCGGGUUAGACGGAUGGUGCAAGUGGCGCUAAGAGUAUUUUAUAAAGUCUUCGCAUAGGUUAAGCUACAUAAGGUUCCUUGGGAACAUUCCUUUUUCACAACUAUACCCUCAUUAGCUUUCUCUGUAGUUUCUCUACCUUUUCUAUAGCCUAUUUCUUCUAAAUCUAGUAAUCAGUUAGAAAUAAGCUUACAGCAAAAAAUUGUCAAAGAAAAAAAGUAUGCUGAAAAGAGAAAAAUACUCAACAAUGUAUAGCGCUAUAAACAGGUGCUAUAAAUUUGUUAUAAAAAUUACUCUCCAGAUUAUUAUCCAUAUGUUUCAAAGUUAUAUUAAACGCAUUGUUUGUAACCCUUAUGCUUUCUAAAACAAAAAUAGUUAUGAGGUAACGAGUACGUUGUGGGAUGAAAAUUUAUCUCUUUUAGAACUGAUCAUAACAUUUUCAGAUUAAGAACAACAAAUGUAUCUUUCAUGUACAUAAGUACCUACACUACAACCGGGCUAUAGAACGUUAAUUACUUACUGCUAUCGUUGUGGGAUGAAAAUUUAUCUCUUUUAGAACUGAUCAUAACAUUUUCAGAUUAAGAACAACAAAUGUAUCUUUCAUGUACAUAAGUACCUACACUACAACCGGGCUAUAGAACGUUAAUUACUUACUGCUAUCCAAUUUUAUAAUUCAAUCAAAAUGGUUGCAAGAAGUAAGACUUUGUAUUUGUAGCUACCGACACACAGGGAGAGAAGAUUGCGUCAAAUAUCAUAUGAAGAAUCCAGGGCAGAUCAUUUAUUCUUAGGCCCACUUGCACAAUCCCACUAUUCCGGGGUUAAAGGGGUUAACCGUUAACCUAGUGUCAAAUUGUACUGGUAACCAUGCUAACUCCAGGUUUAACCGGUUAGUAGAAUGGUGCAAGUGGGCCUUAGACUACACACCUCUUCUACAAUCAAUAAUUCUUUGGUAUCUACGUGCAUUCUACGGUAACCGCUUACAUCGGACGGGCGGUGUGCUUGUUUGCCACCAACAUUUUAAUAAUAAAAAAACUCCAUUAUAUCGCCAAUAAAUAAGUACCUACUUAUUUUGCGAAGCUAAUGACAAUUGUCACAAGAAACACGACAAUUGUCACGAAAUUACGACACAGAACUCAUUUCCUAAUAAUUACAAUUCUUUUAAAUCUUGUGACAAUUGUCGUCAUCAUCAUCAUAAACUUCGCAAGAGAAGUACCUGUUUUUUGCCGAUAUAAGUAAUAGUUUUUAUAAAUAAUACAAUGAUGGUGGCAAACAGGAAUACGGCCCGCCCUAUGGUAAGCGGUAACCGUAGCACAUGGAUGCCUGUGACGUCAGCAACAGUGAUGUUUUAUAACUGUCGCACCUGUCACCGUGGUGAAAUAGGGGCCUGACUCCAUAUUUAUUGACCUUGGCUUCGACUACGUGUCUUGUAUAUAGGUUGGUAUAUCAAACUCCAUGUCGAGUCAAGGUCUUCCCCUAUCGUGUAUUUGCAAAUGCGUCGUAAGCACGCAAACUGGAGAGCCAAAGUGACCAAAGUCUAUUUUGACUCACAAGUGAUUGUAGUACUAACUGUUAAAAGCUUAAAGGCUGUAAUGGCGUAAACUUGCCAAGCCAUUGUGAUUGAGUAGGUACCUAAGGGUACCGCAAAAAAAGAAAAUCGAAAUUCCGUUAUCUGCCUCUCCAUCGCACGAAUACGCAAGAGCGAUAGAGAGGCAGAUACCUAACGGAUAUUUCGUAAGUAGUCGCAAUGUGUAAUGACGUACCUAAGCGAAAAUUAAAUUUAGUAGGUAAUAGCUCGAUACAAGACCCAGUAUGGUCUUGUCUAAACGAAAAGCUUUUAUUUUAUAUUUAGACUUGAAAUUAAUUGUUCCCCUCUUUUUCUUAGAUUAAAUGUAAAGAACAAUGGACCAAAUCUGGAUUUGGUAUUAUAUUGGUAAAACCACGUUUUCGACAUAUACUUAGUUACUUAUAAAAAUCUCAAAGUUUCGUAGGUUUUAAAACAAUGUAAUAAAUUGGGAAAAUGA